UCCUGUGGAUGGCGAACUUUGACGCAAUUUUUGAUGAAAAUCUUCAGGAGGACGAGCGAGUCUCUCAGGCUUCUGACGAACUUGUUCAAGUGACCCCAGAGCCGGUGGUCAUUCGCGGCGUAGGACAUAUGACUGUGUGAGUUGUGUUUACGCUUUUCGAGAGCAUUCACUCGAAGUUCAUAUUUGUUCUGUGCCUUUUUGGCUCUACUUACCAACUACAUUAUACCUUGCAAUGGCACAAGUUAAUUGCUUUUUCCAUUGGUUGUUCUUCUGGCUUAUAGAUUUGGUCUCAAUAGCAAAUUUGACGUGGAAUUUAAGCAAGGACUUAGCGCGAAGGUAGGGAUUUUCUUUGUGAGUCGAUGUGCGCGUGGUCGUUUUGUAAGGAGCUGGACGCCUUAUAAGCUUAUAUUUUCAGGUUUUAUUUGACGUUUGUGUUGCCUCAGUGUAGGAAAUCCCAAAAUACUUCAUAAAAAACAAUGAUAGUUCAAUGUCUUACACCAUUGGUUGACGAAAAAAAAACUUUACUCAAGAUAAAUUUGUUCUCUAAUUUUUUGUAACAAAUUGAACGUUUCUUUGUCCGAGUAUCAGCCUAUUCUUAAAUUUACCAUGUGUGUGUGUUUUUUUUAUCUGUGCACGAAGUCUGGAUCUGUAAUUGGCUAAUGUUGAACAGUUGAAUUCGAAUCUAGUUUUUCGUCUUCUUGGAUGAUACGACCUUGUAUGUGUGUUCCAGGAAAAUUGAUUUGAAUCGAAUAGGAACGGUAAAGGUGAAUAAUUCGUUAAUUUUAAUUUCAUUUUUGUUUAAGCUUAGCACUUUUAUAAAGCGGCCACCAGUAAACGCCGAUAUUUGUAAACAACCCCCUUUUGGUUAGGGAACAACAAUAGCAAUCUUUCCAAAUCAGAGUAAUAAACUCUGCUUUAUAUAAUUAAGCAUCCAUGUUUUAAGACAUUUGUGCUCAUGUUUUGCCUCUGAGUGAUCAGUGAUAAUUUAUGCCCUAGUACUAUAAGAAGUAUGAGAUACUGGUUGUUACAGGGUCAGAAGUCACUUGGGUUUUUUUUCCAGACACUUCUUCAUACUGUUGAUGAAUAGGCAUCUUACAUUUAUAAGUGACUCGAUGUUAGUGUUGGGAGAUGACUGAAAUAUCAUAAUCAAUUAUCAGUAAUAACUGUAUUGACCCAGCAUAUCAAUCAUCAAUUGUAAACCGGAAAAUAUCUCUUUAAAAAUUCCAUUUACUAUAAGGAGAGCCACUGUACCAUGAUUUAGAACACAAGAAAAACAUACAAAAUGUAUGAGAAAAGGGACAUCAAUAUCCUGUAGCUCAGUGGUUGGAGUUUCCAAGCUAGUCAGAACUCAGAGGGUUGUGAGUUAGAUUCUCACCUGGAGCUUGGGAUAAUUUGAUGAUCGUCCUUUCGUCCUUUAUUAUGAGGGUCAUUAAAAAGACAACACACAAGUUUUUAAUAUGUUUAUUUGCCAACAAGAAUUUUAUUUUUUCCCAUGAUAAUCAAUUGUACAUUUUCCAUGAGCAGUUAUCGCAUUGUUUAAAGUUAGAUUAAUGAUCGAUUAUAAUCGAAGAUCGGCGCACACUACUACAUGAUGUAGAUGCGGAUACCACGUAAAAAGGGUGUUGCAAUGUAUCAACUGUUGCUAAUGCUCGUUCUUCAAGGCAAAUUCAGAAUCUUGUUAUUAAUAUAUUUUUAUGCCUACACUGUAGGUUGCCCCUGAAGAGUACAAAGCAACUGUAAUGAGAGUCAACAGAGUUCUUAGUAAAACAAUGCCUGUAAAUGUACGUUGGUUACUUUGUGGUUGUAUCUGUUGUUGCUGUACUCUUGGCAUGUCCAUGUGGCCUGUUGUUUGUCUAAACAAAAGAGUAAGUAGUCAUUCUGUUUGAAAUAGACUAAGAGUCUUCUUGGAUACAUUCAAAUCUGUUUAAGGUAUGGUCCUUUGCCAGUUAAUAAGUUCUUCUUUUCUUAUCAUAUUGUAUGAAGAUAUUAGCCUCUAUGUCUACUCUAAAACUUGUUUUGAAAUCAAGUUCAUGUAUUUAUGUAUGUAUAUGUUGUAGUUAAUUUUUUAUCUCGGGUAAUUUUAUUUUUCCUUUGUUUCAACUUCAUUAGCAUACAUUACCAUACCUGAAAACAAAAGAAAAACAAAAAUUACCUGAGAUAAAAAAUUAACUACGACAUAUAUAUAUUACAAAUAGGUGUUUUUAAAAUCAUAUAAUUUAAGAAACUUCAUGUAUUUCCUGUAGAUCUUUUUCAUGUAACAUCAACUGGCCCUGAGUAAUAAUGCUGCAGAACCAAUUUGGUACUUGGACUAAUUGACCAAACAUGUUCAUUCAAUAAAGUUCAUAAUUAAAAAUAUCUAUCUAUGUCUUAAGAUUAAGUUACUUAGUAGAUUCCUGCAGUGUGGUAAGAUAAGCUGUAACAGCAUGGGCUGCCAGUGGGUCAACCGGCCACAUAAAGUAUAUUGUAUACCUAUACAUAAACAGGUUUUCCCAGGAGACUCGAAAGUGUGUCUUUAUCUGCUUUAGUUAAAAUUAAAGGCAGAUUUGGAUAACCUGACCACUGAAUGAUGUCAUUAUUCUUUUAUUGUAGACAAGGCAUUCCAUUAAUAAGGUUUUAGAUGCUGAAAACUGCCACCUUUACCACAAGGUUUGUAUAGAAGUCUUGAAUAAUGACAGCUUGUUCAUUCGAUUACUAUAAGUCAAACUUAAACUCCUCAAAAAUAGACGAGCUUGGGUGCUAGUGCCUUCAAGGUUGGUGGAGCCGGGCAAUGCUCUAGCACAAUGAAUGUGGUAUCCAUGGCAAUCCUGUGAGUGGUCUCUGCCAGGUACUGUCACGCUGAACUGUUCAGUGGAAUACUUAGUGAGGACACAUUCAAAGAACUGCAAGCAAGCAACUUUGUAUACGCUGUAGUUACUUUUUUCAGGUAAUUUUUAUUUUUCCAUUGCUUUUGGGUUUGGUAGUGUAUGCUAUUGAAUUGAGAAGAAAGGAAAAACAAAAAUUAACUGAAAUAAAAAAUUAACUGCAACAUAUACAAGUCGCAAGGUGCCCUUGCUAGACCCUUGCGAGAAGCAUCGGGCUGCUCCUAGCACAGUUGGGAAAACUGCCGACCAGCAUUGGUUUGAGUUAACUUUGCCUAAAUUACAUUUAGCCACAUUUAUAUCAGUGUAGUGCUAAAUUUCUGUUUAUUGUUCUCAGCUUGGACUCCAUUGGCGUCUUAACAAACAGCGAUGUAAUUCCAGUAACAUGAUGGAAUAUGUAAGUUCUGUUCAUGGGAGCUGUUUCUCACAGUGAUUGUGUUAGUCUAGGGGUUAGUUAGAAACCUUGCAGGCUGGUAGUCUGUUGUAACAAAUAACUUCCAACAGUUUCUAGAAUUUCUUAACAAGUUCACCAUGCUACAAUGAUGCCCUGUUAGGGUAAAAUUCUGACGAGUGAAAUGGCCUUGAAACAGUGACAUAAGGCAAAUGAAAUGAUGACAUUGAGUGACGUAAAGAUGGGUUAAAUACCAACAGGGACAUUGCCUUUUCCUCAUAAAAAAAACGUGAAACAACCAUAUUUGAAAUCCAGACCAGGGACAUACGUACCCUCCUAAGAGGAGCUCUACAAUGUUUACUAACAUGAAUGUUUCCAAAUUCAUAUUUGUAGGUUUUGCUAGUAGAAUUCUUGCCAAAGGAACAAAUUUUAAAACCAGACUGAUGACUGAUGUUGUCAUGUGAUCACAAGAGCUCUCCUGGAUUGUGAAUAUAAAAUUAUUGUAUUAUUGUAUAUUUCUUAACAUAAUUUGUAUUAAUAAGACAGUAAAUAGAAAACAACUGUGUAACAUACACUGUGAAAAAAAUCCAAAUAUCAGAUAUACUCUACAAGUCCUGCAUGUUUUGUAACAAGUCUUGUCAGGUUGUAUUGCAAGCAAGAUUUUAGCUUCACUCCAUUGCACAGUGAUAUGAAUUCCAGAUUAUUUUUGAUACCAAAACAAAUUCAAUAAUUUAGCUGACACUGAAAACUGUAUGUACUUUCUCAGUUCAACAAACAAAAUGAAGUGCCAACACCUAAGGAGAAAUGAAUUGAAUUGAGCAAUUUUUUGUUGUUGUUGUGUUUUCUGUAGUUUGGUUUGUUGGUACUGGUAAAUGGUGUUUUCUGCAUUCAAGGCCUUCCAACCAAAACAUGCAAGGUUUCAUGUCUUGUAGCAUAUUAAGUUAUUGAUAAUGAUUUUUGAAGUUAAUAGUUCAGCUAUAAUUUUUAUAUUUUAAGAUAACAAAUGGAGCAGAGAGAAUUUCAAUUACCAGUUUUAUUGAAGUCAUUAUUUUUUUCCUUUCUCUUUUGACAUAUUGUUAUGAUUUAAACCCUCAGAGAGUCUGAGUAACAUUAUUGAUUUGUUGUAAUAACCAGGGCCAAGUUGUUUGAAGUUCAAUGGGCUCUAAUGCUGGGUUAACUUGUUCUACUUGUCCUUUGAACAAUCUGGUUGCUGCUGACCCACUUCAGCAACCAUUUAGCCCCAUCUGAGGGUCUCAAUGGGGUUAACCGUUAGGCGUCAACCAGCCUAAAAUUCAACUGUCAACUGUCCAAAAAGGUUAUUUUUACCGUCAACGGUCAAUAAUGCAGAUUAAUAUUAAGUUUUAAGGUAUUUCAAAUCUUAUUAUUUCAACUGAUCUUCACGGACUUCCGGCUCUCUCCACUCUCUCGAGACAUCACAAGACCUUACAAGUUGCUUGUAUCUGAAAAUGUUUCAAAAUUUUAUAUGAGAAAGGCCAAGACAACCUCAAAAACCCAGCAGUUACUAUUAAUUUAUACGGGAGUUAAUAUUUCCUUUUUCUCUUGGACAAAAUUUCUACCACGUAACCAUCAACCGUCAAAAGCUUUUAAAUGUAACCAUCAAAAUGGGAAAAAAAAUUUCUUCUUUUUAUUGGCUGCAAGUCCACCAUGUGACCUGCAAAGAACUGCCUUCUAAUAACGGUCUGCUCAUGGGCAAUGUCGUCCAACUGUGUUUGGCUGCAAAUAAUAUUCUGCUCAUGCAUAAAUAAAACCACACUUUUCUCCUUCUUGCAAUCACUGUUGCGUGAAAAAUGGCAUAUCGCUUCGCUAAUGAAGAUAUUCAUUAAAAAAUUGAUUUGGUGAUUGAAUGGUAAAACAAUUAUUUAACUUGGUUAUCGCAAAAUAUCGUGAUUUGUCAGUGUGUCGUAGAUCAGUUAUUUGCUUCAUCCUUUGGCCUUCAUGCUUUCUUCUCAGCACGUCUGACAAAUCAUGAUAUUUUGUCCAACCUUAUCCAUGAAUUGUUGAAAGCUACAACUCCAUUGAGACCCUCCCAUCUAGUACCGUAAUUUACCAAUGUCAUAGAUACUCUUUGCAUGUAACGUUAAGCAUCUCCCUUAGCAAAGUUAAAUGAGAAAAAGGGAUUUAAUGAAAGGUCUUUUAAAAUGACGACAUUAAAUUUGGAUAUCAAGGUUGUUUAAAAAGUUUAUAAGGCCUAAACAUGUGUCCACUUUUUUUGCUCAUUUUUGCUUGUUACCAGUAUUGAAGUAUAUUUCCUUGCGAUUUUCAUAAAUUGAUUGUGUAUAAUAUGUUGUCCUGUUUCUCUGUGAAUUAGUAAAGUGAGGCUCAAAUUAAUUCUUUAAGAUAACAGUUUAUUUAUUUAUAUUAUUUUGCAUUGUUAAAAUAGUAAUAGAAUUAUUUUUAUUGUUGUUGUAUUUGUCAGUGUCCCAUGACUCAUUAGCCUGCAAGCAAGCUCUCCUAUUUGGGCAAGCGAAGCGAGCCUCGCGAGAACGCGCGAGCAAAGGGGCCGGCUCCUCGCGGCUUUGCCGCUCGCUCGCGCGUUCUUGCAUGGCUCGCUUCGCUCGCCCAAAUAGGAGAACUUGCUAGCAGGCUAAUGACACAUUAUCAUUGAAUCUUGCCUUGAAAACUCUUUUUAAAAUCACGGUUACACUAUGAGACUUAUUUGCUUGUUGAUGUUAGGAGUUGUAAGGGUUGAAAUAUUCUUUUGUGUUCCAGCAAAGGUUUCCCUCGUGUAAGGGAAUCCAAGACAGUCUUGGAUUCUGGAUUCCAUACUGUGGAUUCCAGUCCAGUCAGUGGAACUUGGAUUCUUGAUUCCAUUCGUUUGUAGGAUUCCGGAUUCCUUGAACUGUAUUCUGGAUUCCAAACUCCAGGAUUCUGCAUUUCACAGGCAAAAUUUUCUCCAAUUCUGGAUACCAAAAGCAAAAAUUUCCCAAAAUCCUGAAUCAGAAUUCCCUUACAUAAGGUGAAAAGGUUCUGUUUCUUUUAUGGCAUUUAUUGACUCCUAAAACUUAAGGUAUUGCCAAAUAAAGGCAAUAAACUUGCCAUGAAAAUGUAAAUCAAGUUUCCUGGGGCAAGAUGUCUUUUCACAUAUUUCUUAAGUA